UUUUGAACUUCGGUACUGUGCACCACGAAAUCGGCACUCCAGCUGUCUCCACAAUCUGCCGGGUAGUUGAGACCCGUCUUCUGUAUAUGGACGUAUAGGAGUGGGCGUGUAGAAAAUGCUUCCUUCUACCCAGAUCCGACACCUUAGUCAACAGCAACUGUCCAUAAAGUUUAUUGUUCUGAGACGGUAUCAACUGAACGGUUGCCCUAUGAAUUACCUAUCAGGUUAGGCGCCUAGAUUGCCUUCAAACAGCUUCAAGCACCCCUCCAUCACCUCAUAAAAGGCCCGUCUCAUUAUUUUGGUAACUGCAUAGUUCUUUCUUCCAAUUUCUUCUCUUGGCACUACCUUCCACGUACUACUCAAUCCUUGGAUAUCAAAACUCAGAGUUCCGCAACAAAAUGAGUAACCGCCACCUACAUAAAAGGGAUCUCUCGUUCCCUAGCCCGGCACCGUCGCACGAUGUAACACUUCCCAAUGGCGAGACUGCCGCAGUCGAACAGGACGACGAGCUGUGUCAAGCCCUGCUUUCGCUGAUUGAGAGCAUAGUGCGUGACAUGCAGGACGAGCUUCGACAGCAAUUCAAAGCUCAGCUGCAAGAGUCCCAGAUGAAGAGAUUGCAGCAAGAGAAGGUACUCUCCUCGCUAGCGGAGUCGCUCGUGGCAAAACUACAUGCAGCAAAAGAACAAAUGGUGGAAGAUCUUGAGGAAAGGGUCGCUAUGCUCAAAGCCUCGAUGGCUACUCCAGAACUUACCGGAGCACUGUGGCCGGACAGGGCAUCUCAGCCAAUAGGCGAAGUCGAAGACCACUCUCCAGCAUAUCUUCAGCAAGUAACUGCGAAGAAUGGCGAGCUCAAAAACCUUGCUGAACAACUCAAACACGGAGCUGGGGACUUUGGGAGGGCAGCGAGUGUGUUUUGUUCUGUCAUCUUCUUCGAUCCCCGCCAAGGCAAACUGGACGCGGCGGUGCACUUGCCAGUAGGCCAAGCUCUGCCAGGUGCUAAUGAACUCAUGCGGGCGAUGGAGGAAGCGAAUAAUGCUACAUUCGUGCAGGAGCGCGUCGCACCAGAAGUUGUCGACUCUCCUAGGUCCACAGCAUUUCAAUCGAGUCGUGCAGACCGUCUCUUUGGGUCGGCAAGAGAACAGGCAGAAGACGUGGACAGCAGAAUGAUCGAGCAACAGCUCACUGACGAUACUGCCCAGGCAAUGGGAUCAAGCACUAGGCUCCGCUCCGAAGGAAUCUGGCCAAGGAGACAGAAAGCCAGUCAAUUCCCAGCACUCUCUGCCCGAGGACAACCAGCUCGAUCUGAACCAUCUCCUUGGUCCAAGCAGACCGGAAACCUAUCACAGCUGGCAGAAGCAGCUCUUCAUCUCAGCUCAUGAUUAGUAGUGGGACCUCCAAUGACUUUUGGAUGAAAGCUAUACCACGCCUACAGAUGAAGCACCAGUCUAGCAUUCAUUAUGGGGGUUACCACUACAUAUGAGUUGCCAAGGUCUUCGGUCUCCCGUUGCGGCAUUAACAUCUGACGUGAGUCUAGUUCAACGUGGGUGAUCUUU